AUGCCACAGUUCGGCACUUUGUUUGGUGUGAGUGAAGGGAAGACAUUGAAUGUAAAUAGCAAGAUUGUUCUGAAAAGGCUUGUGCUACUGUACCAAGUUGCCAAGGCACACAUCAAGCAAUUUCUUCAUGUACCGCUCAAUGUGCUGCACGCUGCUUCGAGAGCGGACAUGGAACAAAGAGGUCGCACAGAGGUGGCUAACACUCCAGAUUUGAAGAUGUUGCUUCCCUUUGUGCCGAAGCAUGGGUUCCGCUUCAACCUUAUGCGAGUGGUAAGAACCUCCUAUGCCUUGCGACAACUGACAAAGGACCUUCCCUGUGCCCAAUCUGCUUUGAUCCUCUCCUUCGUGUGGCCCUCGCACCGGCAACGGAAAUCCUACUCGAAAGCCCGUGGACAUGCCUGUGAUUCUGCCCAGUAUUUCGCGACAUUGCUGCUGCUGCUGUCACAACUUGGGUGCUCGGUGCAUGUGGUAGCACACAGCCUGGGGUGCCGAGUGGCCAUGGCCGCCUUACUGGAAUUGGAAGAGGCCAGAGAGACCUGUGUCCAGCUAAAGUACAUGGCACUGCUGGGCGGUGCAGUGGCCAGGGAGGCUUUGGAGCCUGAGGGUGAGUUCCCUCUUCGAAGGCCUGGAGAUCGGAACGCUUCGAAGGUAUGUGUAACAGCACACCUUUCACAAGGCCUUUCUCAAGGCUUGGUGUUUUUUUUGAUAACUUCAUGCUAA